CGCCAUAAAUAAGGGGAUCCGUCUCAUCAUAGAGCAGAACAGCGAAACUCUCAGCUGAAGAAUAACGGAGUUAAAGGAAAGGAUUUUUAAGCUCUGGAAUUUUGACAAUUUUGAAGCGAAGACAAUAUAGCCGCAAUCAUAUACAAGUUUGAAGUCAUGACUUUGAACAAAGGAGACAAGUUCAGGAACAUGGAUAAAAGAAGAGGCAGCAUACCGUUUCCCGUCCAUUUGCAGAACUUGCACAGAAGAAGUAUGCCGGUGGACGACCGAGAACUGCGCUCAACGAUGCCCGGGGAUAAGACGGGCGAGCUCUCCAACCUCAUGCGCUUCAGUCCCGGAGAACAGCACGGAAACAGCUGUGUGUCCGACUCCUCCGACUCGGUCAUCUCCUCCGGCAGUGAUUCAGAGGGACAGGUCUACAAGGUGAUUCUCCUUGGCGAACACGGCGUUGGGAAAUCGAGUUUGGCGAGAAUAUUUGGUGAAGUGGAAGACAGUAAUGACUGCGAGGAAACAGGAAACACAUAUGACAGAUCACUUGUUGUCGAUGACGAGGAGACAUCAAUCCUUCUGUAUGACAUAUGGGAACAGGAUAACAGCCAGUGGCUGAAAGAUCAGUGCAUGCGUAUGGGAGACGCCUAUGUAAUCGUGUACUCGGUGACUGACAAGUCCAGCUUUGAGAAGGCUUCAGAGCUACGAAUCCAACUGCGCAGAUCUCGGCAGUCAGAAAACAUCCCCAUCAUCCUGGUGGGAAACAAGAGUGACCUGGUGCGCUCCAGAGAAGUGUCCGUGGAUGAGGGCAGUGCCUGUGCUGUAGUGUUUGACUGCAAGUUCAUAGAGACCUCCGCCUCCCUGCAUCACAAUGUGCAUGACCUUUUUGAGGGCAUUGUGCGGCAAAUUCGUCUACGCAAGGACAGCAAGGAGGAGAACGCCCGCCGCAUGGCCAACUGCAAGCGCCGUGAGAGCAUCAGCAAGAAGGCCAAACGUUUCCUGGGCCGAAUGGUGGCCCGCAAGAACAAGAAGAUGGCUUUUAGACAGAAGUCCAAAUCCUGUCAUGACCUGAAUGUCCUCUGAAAAAAAAAGGACUACCAUGCCCUCUCAACCCCAUGACCAGAAGCUGUUUUUAAUGUUAAUAUAAGGACGAUUUAGCUGUACAGACACGUAUUAACUUGUUUUUUAAACUGAAAAAAGAGAUUAUAUAAAACAAAUCUGAAAAAAUCAUGUUGAUUAUGCUGACCAGAGCUUUUUCAUGUUAUGUCAAUUUUUUUCUGUUUUGCUGCCUUAACAUGGAUUCUCCAAUUGAAUCCAUGUAAAUAGAUGGUAUAUCCACAAAGUCACUAUGUUCCCUUUUGAGAACUAUAGCAAAGGCAAAAUAAUUUGGUUAUUUUUCUUGUGUGUGCAAUAGCUGUUCUGAGUUGUAGGUUUUGUUGUAUGCACCUUAUGUGUGCAUGUCUAGAAGAUGAGCUCAAGCAUUUUUCUUGUUGAAAUGACAUAUGGAAUCAAACUUUACUUGAAACUGAGUGCGCAGGUUCGUAACUCAGCCAAGACACAGAACUAUAAGAUUUGGAGGGUAUUGGGCAAGAGGCAAUAUGAAUGGGGAGAGUUUCAAUAUAAGUCUGAUAUUAUGUUUUAUAUAUAUUCAGUUUCUCCAACAUAUAUGCGCCAUGGGCAAAUGAAGGACAUAGAAGCAAUAAAUGAUGUGUUGUGAUCUGUUUUUAAAAAUGUUUGAUUUGCACUUAAUGCCAUUUAAUAUUAUUGAGUUGUUAAUUUUGUUACAUGUUUACAUUGGUUUUUAUAAUAAAAUAAUA